GAGCGGAGGACGGACAGGCGCGGGGCGCACAGGCGCGCGCGGGGCAGGCGGGGAGGCGGAAGUGAGGGCCCGGCCCGGCCAGCCGUCUAGGAAGCCGCAGCCGGUUGCUCAACGGGAGCAUUCGGAGCCCUGCCGGACCGUCGCGAUUCAACUUCGGAUGCCGGCGCCAUGCCUCUGUUCAGUGCCAACCCGUUCGAGCAAGACGUGGAAAAAGCCACAAAUGAGUACAACACCACAGAAGACUGGAGUCUGAUUAUGGACAUCUGUGAUAGGGUUGGAAGCACUCCCAAUGGAGCAAAAGAUUGCCUGAAAGCCAUAAUGAAGCGGGUGAACCAUAAAGUCCCUCACGUCGCUCUGCAGGCGUUGACUCUUCUUGGGGCUUGUGUGGCAAACUGUGGAAAGAUAUUUCAUUUAGAAGUAUGUUCCCGUGAUUUUGCAACGGAAGUACGUGCUGUGAUAAAAAAUAAGGCUCAUCCUAAAGUCUGUGAGAAACUGAAAUCUCUAAUGGUGGAAUGGUCAGAAGAAUUUCAGAAGGACCCCCAAUGUAGUCUGAUAGCUGCAACUAUUAAAUCUAUGAAGGAAGAAGGAGUGACAUUUCCUGCAGCAGGUUCCCAGACUGUCGCGGCUGCUGCCAAAAACGGUGCACCAUUGAACAAAAACAAAGAAGAUGAGGACAUAGCUAAAGCUAUUGAAUUGUCAUUGCAAGAACAGAAGCAGCAGCAUGCAGAGACAAAGUCUUUGUAUCCGCCUGUAGACAUUCAGUUAAAUAAUAAGACUGCGCGGAGAGUCAGAGCUUUAUACGACUUUGAAGCUGUCGAAGACAAUGAGCUCACCUUUAAACAUGGUGAAAUUAUUACCAUUUUGGAUGACAGUGAUGCCAAUUGGUGGAAAGGAGAGAGCCACAGAGGAAUAGGACUCUUCCCCUCUAACUUUGUCACGACUAACUUAAACACAGAGCCUGAAGCAGCAACGGUGGACAAAUUGAAUGUACUUGAUGAUGAAGUGGAGGAAAUUAAGAAAUCAGAGCCUGAGCCUGUUUAUAUAGAUGAGGAUAAAAUGGAUAGAGCCCUGCAGGUUCUCCAGAGCAUAGAUCCGAAGGAUUCAAAACCCGACUCCCAAGAGCUCUUGGACUUAGAAGAUAUUUGCCAACAGAUGGGUCCAAUGAUAGAUGAAAAACUUGAACAAAUUGAUAGGCGGCAUUCCGAACUGUCUGAGUUGAACGUGAAGGUCUUGGAAGCGCUGGACCUGUACAACAAGCUGGUUAAUGACGCGCCUGUCUAUCCGGUCUACUCCAAGCUUCACCCAGCACACUACCCAUCCACAGCAGCUGGGCUUCCAGUGCAGACAUAUCCAGUUCAGACGCAUGGUGGGAACUACCUGGGUCACAACAUUCACCAAGUGUCUGUUGCCCAGAGCUAUGGCCUAGCACCUGAUCCUAUGGGCUCACUGAGAUCUCUGCCUCCAAAUAUGAGCUCCGUAGUAACAACACAUACCAUCCAAACUCCAUAUUUAAGCCCUGCACAGGACACUGUUUCCAGCCCUUCUUACGGGAACCACAGCUCUCAUCUUCAGUCAGCUGCAGGUCUGACUGCCUACACACAGCCCGCAGGGAUGUCAGCCGAUGUGUCCUCUUACCAGAACACAGCAUCCGGGCUGCCACAGCUGGCUGGCUUUCCAGUGGCAGUCCCUGCACCUCCAGCCGCACAGCCGCCCCCCAGCUACCACCAGCAGCCUCUCCUUUAGAGACACACCAGGGCUGUUGGAGUCCCCGGAUGUGUGUCACUCAACCCAGACGGUUCUGAUGGGAAAUACUAAGACUUUCCCCUCUCAAUCAGAAAGAACCAUGAUUAAUAAAGCACAAAACCCACCUUACCCUGAAGGCCAUAAAAGGGUUGUUUUUUUUUCAAGUCCAGUUCGCUUGAAGCUCAUCUUUUGAUCAGAGGCAGCUUACCCAUGUUUCGGGUUAGUUUUGCUAUACCUUCUGGGCUCUCAGUGAGUAAGUAGCCUUAUAACACUACAAUGGUAUAAAAUAGGAGUUGAGAGUUUUCUUUAAGGAAACAAUUGUUUCCUUUCAGAUGUGAUUUGAGGAGCACUGAAGACCUUUAAGUGGUUUUGUCUGCUUUUUUUUUUUUUUUUUCGAAAUUCCCCCAUCCUAUUACAUCUUUCAGUGCAAGCCUUCAGCUCGCCAGUGUAUUCCUGUGGGCUCCUUAAAUUACAGCUAUGUUUACAGCUGUGGUUCUGCUCUCAGUGUUAUGCUGAGUAAUAAUUAGCAUGUAAUUGUCUACAGAAGCAAGAGCAAUUUGGAAGGAACAAAAGUGUUUUCUGUUACCAGCAGUGAAAGCCAGUCAGUGCAAAAGUGGCUAAGCAGUUAGCCAGUCCUGUGACAGCAGUGGGCCUAGGAAUGCCUCAUACAACGUUAGCCUUCCCCAGGAAAGGAAAGGCUUUCUGUCCCUCCUCUUUAGGAUUGCCACUGUUGGCCUUCUCAAGUGACUUUGGCCUUGUCUCAUGAAGGUGCUGCCAUUUGGCUUUCCUUCCUGCCAAGAGAGUAUACUUCUUAGGGAGACUUUCUUCCUGAUCUGACCUGGUAGAAACCAUCCUGGGUGUGAAAUGCGAGGUGGGUGUGUUACUUUCUUACCGAAGUGACUGAUAUUCCAUUGGUAAGCUGCUGAGGAAUUGUGCCUUCCCUCAGAAGUGCAGCUGAGCCUUUGCAGAAACAGCGGGCAGCGAUUUGGUGGAAAGGGUGUGACUGACAGGAGAGGACAGGCUGUCUUUCUGAAGUCACGCUUUAAAUUAGUGCAUAGAUUGGUUCAUUAGAUCCUACGCUACGCACUGUGGGAGCUGGUGAUAACUAAAGGCAUUUUCUCUAAAAACUUUGCACACUACUCUAUUGUACCAACUUUUUACAUAGCAACAAACUAGAAAAUACAGAUGCACAGCUUCAGAUACAUUAUACUUAGGCUACAAACAUGUUUCAAGCUUAUUUUUUUAAAAGUAAAAAUUUUUUGCAUGAAUGCACUUCUGUAUAUUUUUAAGCACUUAAUCUUUCUAUUAAAAAUCAUUUGGAAAACAGUUUGUAAAUUUUAUCAUUAAUCUGUAGAUAUUUGAUUACAAAUAUGUUCUUUUUUCAAAGAAACUUUAUUCUAGAACUUGCUACUGCAUAAAACGGCCCACACUGAAGAGAGCAGUUGGUACCUGCAAGUCUGUGCUCUGUGAAUGUCUGAUGUUAGCACCAGAGACUGGAAAGAUUUUCAGCCUUAAGCCAAACCCCAUGUUCUGUUUUACAUGUAGCAUUUCCUUUCAGGUGAACUCACUUAUGUACUUACAAGAAUGUACUGCAAUAUGGCACCUUACUGUUUUGGAAAAAAAAAUCUUCUGUUCUUUAACACUUAAGGAAAUAAAUUUAAAAGUAUCCAGUGCUGCUCCAGAAAACGUUUGCAUAAAUGACAUACCUUACCUUUCUCUUUCGAGCUGUUUUUAUAAGCUCAUCCUAAUGUUUGUACAUUCCAUGUUUAGUUCUUGUCUAAAUUAUGAAAGCUUUAUUCAGUAGAAGCCUUUAAGUCAUUGUAAAUACUGCAUACUCACUAAAUGGGGACCAGACAGUAAAGCUCAGCUGUUUUGGAAUAAUAAGACAUGAUCUGUAUAUACAUAGUA